AUGAAGCCAGCCAUGGAAACUGCAGCGGAGGAAAAUGCAGAACAAAGCCAAGAGAAAAAAGUGAUCACCAGACCAGAAAUGGAAAUUGGCAGGUACCACUGGAUGUACAGGAGUUCAAGGCCACACCGGUACCAUCAUGUGCCAGCAUUGAGAGGCAAUAUUAGUCCUUUGGGGAUUCAAGGUUGCUUUGAAUGUUGCAUUAAGUGCCUAGGAGGAGUGCCAUAUGCUUCGCUCGUGGCAACCAUUCUCUGCUUCUCGGGGGUAGCGUUGUUUUGUGGCUGUGGCCACGUGGCGCUCACGGGAACCGUGUCUAUCCUUGAGCAGCACUUCUCCACAACUGCCAGUGACCAUGCUUUGCUGAGUGAAGUAAUACAGCUAAUGCAGUAUGUAAUUUAUGGCAUUGCAUCAUUUUUCUUCUUAUAUGGAAUAAUCCUUUUGGCGGAAGGUUUUUAUACAACAAGUGCUGUGAAGGAGCUGCAUGGAGAGUUCAAAACAACAGCCUGUGGCCGCUGCAUCAGUGGAAUGUUUGUUUUCCUCACCUAUGUGCUUGGAGUGGCCUGGCUCGGGGUCUUCGGCUUCUCUGCUGUGCCUGUCUUUAUGUUCUAUAACAUAUGGUCAACUUGUGAAGUCAUCAAAUCUUUUCAGACAAAUGUGACAGUUCCAGGGGACCAGAUCUGUGUGGACAUCAGGCAAUACGGUAUUAUCCCUUGGAAUGCUGUACCUGGCAAAGCCUGUGGCCCAAUUUUAGAGAACAUCUGCAACACGAAUGAGUUCUACAUGUCUUAUCACCUGUUCAUUGUGGCUUGUGCUGGAGCUGGUGCCACUGUCAUAGCAUUGAUCCACUUCCUCAUGAUACUGUCUUCUAACUGGGCCUACUUAAAGGAUGCAAGCAAAAUGCAGGCCUACCAAGAUAUCAAAGCAAAAGAAGAGCAGGAGCUUCAGGAUAUCCAGUCUCGGUCAAAAGAGCAACUCAAUUCUUACACAUAA